UUUAUGGUAGUAAAACCAUUUACACACCUACCAAGCGAUCUAUCAAGCAAAGCGAACAAUGGCAUUAUUGUUCCUAUUAUCGAAAGAUCGUUUGUUAAACACGAAAAGACGAAAAGACCUUCGAGCAUUUUAGAGACAUUGUUCGCUAGCUGUUACUAGCAAGCAGUACGAAAUUCAAUAUUAUUUAGGUACAAAUUGGUAUAAAAAUAAAUAUCCAAACACUUGCGAGUAAUAUUUUCAAGUGUGUAACUUAUUUUUCAAUGGAGGGGCGGCUAAACUGACUGAGAAUAAUUAGUUUUCCGCUUAGUUUAGCCGCUUUAGUUUAGCACAAUUUUAAACAAAUUUUUCAUACUGAUCUCCACCUCAUUAUGAAAAUUUUAUUUAAAAUUGUGGUUCCUAUUAGAAAUAGUGUCAAUAAAAUGGUGAUAUAAAAACAUUGAAAAUUUCCUUUUCUUUGUAAUUAUUUCUAAAGCGAAAUUACUACAUUCAAUUAAAAUUUCUAUUAUACCCUCCAAAUUAUAGUGUUUACACAGACACUUGGAAUAAAACAAAACGUUUAUAAAUAGACUUUUCACUUUUAUUGUUUACUUAAUUACGAAUGAUAUUUUAAAGAAAAUAUUUGAAUUUACUAUAAAAAAUUAAGCGACAUAGUGUAUGCAAUGUUACUGUUGUGGUGAUACACCAGUUGUUUGUAUAUAUUUUUUCUUAAGAUUAAGUUUCCUCAUUCUUUGAUACACUUUCCCGAACUUUCUAACUGUCCUUCAUCCCUGCUGGUGGUAAAACGUUUCUAAGAAAGAGAAAGGAAAAACAAGGGUGUGGAAGAAAAGACCCCGAGGCUAAAUCGGUGGAAAAGGAGAGGCAGACUGGAGCUAGCAUUGAAACAGGACAGAUGGUGAGAGGAGAGCCUGGUCGCCGUAACUAAGGAGGACUGAGUGAUUUGAGAACAGCUAGAGCGAGACAUAACGAAUAGGAAGAAGGGAAGGAAAAUCGACGAAAGUUUUUUUACAUCGAUGCUAGUGAAAUCUGAAGAAAGGGAGGAAGGAAACACGGGUACCCUAACCAGCAGUCUUCUCUUGUUUUUUCUAUUCUUAAUCUUAAUAUUCACUCUUCAUUCUAUUUCCUUAUUUAGUAUAUAAGCUAGGUUAAGAUAGGGUCAGUAAGGUUUUACAUUGUCGCGAAUAACCGUUGCACUCUCUCAUUCCAAUAAAGUAUAUGUUACGCGAACUGUAUAUAUUGGAGUUGGGAUCAUUGAGAAUCUUGUAUAAUUGCACGAAACGACAAUAAAACUUUUAUUGUAGACGAAUUUCUUUGUGUUGUUCGUCCACGUGCUCUCCACACUGUUGACAUUAACAAAUUUUUGUAUAGAAUAUCAAUUGCAGUAUUGUCAACAAUACAAAGGGCUAGUGAAAUUUUAUUUUUCAUUGUCCUUUCCAGUAUUCCAUGCUGAAAAUAGCAGUUGCUCUUGUUUUACAUUCGAAAAUAUUAAAACGUAUAUAUUUAAGUACAAUAAUCAUUUUUAGAGGUCACAUCUUUUUUAAAAAAGUAGCUCAUGUUGUCCUCCAAACCAACUAUGGCCUCACAGAGCGACUCCGUUUUUAAAAAAUAAAUGAUUUUUUAUCAGUAUAUUAGCAAUAUCAAAUGCAUUUUAUUUAAUCUCGGAUAACUAUCUAAAAAUUAUUCACAUCUAUUGAAAGAAUAUAAUUAUUUGGCUGAUUUUUUAUCACACGUUUUCUAAAAUCUACUGUGGACUUCUCCUUUGAGAGGGCAAGCUCCCCAAAGAAACUCAAAAUUUAUACUGACACGUCAAGGAAUCACUCUGGGGUCGGUUGUACUGUAGUGGUGAUGGAUCACCUCAGGGGCUUCUUCUGUCAGGGAUAAUUCUCUCUAGCCGCACAUUGCAGCAUCAACCAGGCCGAGUCCUUAGCAAUCCUCAAGGUCCUCCAUCCCAUUAUCCACCAUAACUUAGACCAGAAAGCCAGCCAAAUCAACAUCGUUUCGGACAGCAGAGUUUGCCCUCUAUCAGAUUAAGGUUCAAAAAACGAAUGUGACUAAAAGAAAUUUUGUUACAUUUUUUUCCUUAAUUCUGUCUUUAAAACAUAUUUAUAUUUUGUUUAAUAUUCAUAGAAACACGAUUUUCUCAACUACGAUUUGAUAUCCCUAGGUCAAACUAAAACUAUGAAAAAUAUAAGCUAUAUUAAAACCCGGACUCAUUUAACACAAAUUACUCAUGUGUUUUAAUUAAUCCCAAAAUUAUUCAUCAAAUAUUAAUUAAUAUCUGAAACAAACCUUUAAAUAUAAAUGUACCAAAUUCAUUAGUUUCUCGUACCGUUAUUUCUUAAAGAUAAUACAUUAAAUGGUGGCUAGUAGUGUUUAAUCUGGUGUUGAAACCUGGUGACGAGUGACACUAAUAGAAUCGUUAUAUAUUUUGUAUAAUGUUUUACUCGGCACUCGUUUCGAUAAAAAUAUUUAUUUUAACUUAUAAAAAUGUUCGAUUAUGAUUCCAUUUAUUUCAAAUAAACAAUAGAAUACGUGAAAAACUGUAAUUUCUAUUAACAAAGACAAUUUCAACAAUAAAAUUCAAAUUAUAAUUAUUAAAAUUAAUUAUUAUUUUGUAAAAUUUUCGAAAAAAGCAUCGAUGAAUACUAUUAAAAUUCAGUGUAUAGAGGGACGGCAACUACCAGUAUCCCGAUCAAGAAUGUCUACGACCAGCUUCAUGUUAAUGUGUAUGAUAGAAUCUUAUACCAAUGUCGAAGAUAUCACCUUUUAUUUACCGUAUACCUUUGAAAGUUUGCAUAUCAUCUCAGAACUGUUGGAAAGUAAAGGAUCAGGGAUUACAUCUUUGAAAACAGCAAUAGAUAUUUUAAAAAUUAACAAGAGCUUACGUAUCAUUGGUGUAAAUAAAUUUUGUUAUGCUCAUAUCAGUACUACGCUACGAACCGAAGAUGUCUGUUCUGUACACGACUUUGCUUCCGAAAUCGGCAACUACAAAUUAUUAUACACUUGUUGGAGAAUGUUCGAUGUGAAAUACGAUCAAAUAUUUUGUACAAAUCUGUACUUCGAUUGUAGAGAAGCAACAAUAGAUACACUCGUAUCUCGCCCUAUUAAUAAACAUUUUGACGAGAAGAAUAUCUUCGAUAUUGCCUACCGAUGGGCCGUGAACAAUGUUAGUGAGAAGAAAUCUCUAAGACAACUCAUGGAACCUUUCUUACCAAAAAUCAGAUUUUUGACAAUGGAAAAUGAAAUCUUUGAGUCAGAUGAAUUUUCACUCGUCUUAACUGAAAAAGAACUGGAAGCAAUAAGGCUGUUUUUCGUAACUGAAAAUUUGUCGUGUGUCCCUGACAAUAUUUCCAAGAACAUAAAAACCAGAGAUUCUUACUUAUAUCCGUUAUUAUUCACUUACUGCAAUCGAUACCCGCCCGUCAUUCAAAUACAAAGAUUCAUGACCAAAAAUAUACAAUUUAUAUCAGAAAUAUUUCUUCACGAAAACUGUUUUAUGAGAAGAAUUCGUCUACCAAUAGCCCACAAAAAUCGACGUGGAAUAGAAGCAAAUUUAUAUUUUUCGAUUAAUAACAGAAAAUGGAAAGAUAGGAAAUUUCUUACAUGCGAAAUGAACGGAUGUAUUGAUUUAAAAGUUGGACUUUAUAUUAAAAAGUUUACAACGUUUCAAUUUAUCGUUAGAUUUCCCAAUAAGGAAAUAAUUCCAAGAAACAAAAUAGAAAUUAAACCAUCUGCAGAUCGUUUCACUCCAAUUGAAGACUUCAUUGCAAUUCCUCACACGAAAAAAUAUUUAAGUUUAGAUCCUCACCUUUUUUCAAUAUAUUGUGACGUUACACUGUACUUUUGAGGACUAAAUUACUCUUUGAAAAAUAUGAAGAAAAUUAUUUGGAAUAGUCAUUCAAAAAUUUUUCACAUAUACUUCUUUGAUUUAACUGUAUAUGCAAAUAAAAUAUAUAUACUAAUUUAACAUUUAAGAAUUGUAUUUCAUAAAAAACCAUUAUAAAUUAUUCUAAUUUGAAAAUUUGUGGUGCAGAUAAAAUUUUCGCGUGAAUUUCACAUACCCAACAGGAAAAGUAUCUUUCUAAAACUUAAAUGUGUAUUGUUGUGUAGCUAAAGUAUUGCAUUUUACUAAGUACUUAGUAAUGGUUUUACCUUAAUUGAAAAUUUCAUUAAGUGAAAUUAAUUAAACUUAGUUUUUCCCUCUAUUAUAGUCAUUAUCGCUAAUUAAUUUACUUAUUAUUGUUUGGUAAAUGAAAAACUCAACUGACAAUCAAAAUCACGAUCGAUAUGGCCUAUAUGUUAAUUAGGCUGAUGACAGCAGAAAUUCAAAAACUAUAAAGAACGUUAGAGGAUUGAUUUACAGGUAUACCUCGCCUUACGUCGGUAAUUGGUUCCAGGAAAACGACGUAAGUCGAAAAACGACGUAAGUCGAAUUCACCUGUCUCCGAAUCUACUUAUCA